AUCCGAGAACAGUUGAUGCUAUAAACCCAAUAUCUAUUUUGGAUGGUAUUUGAUGAAGAUUAAGUUGGUGUUCCUCACCACUGGGAUCAUUCUUCUGUUUAUUUUUGUCCCUCUAACUGCAACUUUAGCUAGGCACCCUGGUUAUCCUCCCCUUAGAGGAGAAUGGCACACCAGGCACGGAACUAGCCGGUUAGGUUGAGAUCUAUUAUAUUCCUGCAGAUCUGCCUUUGAGGACCGAAGCUUCAUUAUUGUGCGCGUACUGUAUCGACUGUCUUAUCGAUCUUGAACACACAUGCAUGUACAAAGACGGACACCCAGUACUAAUGCCCAAGUGUACAUAUAAAUAUAUCAGUUUAAAUAAGGCAAACGUUGAACUGAGGAUCUUUCUAUGGCAUAUCUCCACUGAUUGUCCCAAAUGCCUGUACAUAGUAAUUUACACAUCCGGUGUCAGAGUUUUACAAUACACAAUAGGGCUUGAAAGUGAUGACGUCAAUCGUCGCUUGGCAACAAAACUGGAUCCACUUCGCUUUUUGGAUCCACUCGCGUCAAGCUGAUUUGAUGCUGUUUCCCAUACUUUUCGAAGCAGAAAGAAGCGACAUUUUGAGAAGAGGCCACUUGAAGAACUGUGGGAGCAAUUUUCGAUACCUAGUAUACUCUUGACCCGGCAGGGCGGCUUCGUAUGACCAUGGUGCAGUGUUUUGCAGCAGAAUGCAACCACAGGACAGAGGAUCGCAAGUGCAGCUUCUUCCGAUUCCCGGCGAGGGAUCCAGAGCGCAGAGAGAUAUGGAGGAAGAUGUGUCGGCGACAAGACAAGGAGCCAGAUGCCAGUUCUCGACUAUGUAGCUGUCAUUUCAAAGACGGAGAUAAAAAGAAGGACCCCACUAUAUUUCCACGAAAUAAGGAUAAGGCGUUCGGUUUUCAGGACCCUGAACCAAUGCAUAGAAGGAAACGGACUGUAAAGGCAUUAGCUGUUGAUGAUACGGACAAGGAUGGUAGCGAACCAACUGAAGCUGACCCAUUUGAAGCUGAACGUGAAGCUGCUGAACGCGAAGCUGCUGAACGUGAAGCUACUACUAUGCAACGCCUGCUUGAACUUUUCCAACGCAUCGACACGUCAAUUCUCGAAGUGAAGUAUGAUAAGCUGAAGGCUGAAGUUAGUGCCUUAGAAAAGCGAAAAGCGAAGGUGGAAAUCCAGUUCUGUUUCGAAUUUAUUUCCCGGAAAGCUGAACUUGUCCGGCACUACACCGGCCUGCCGUCUGCUGACGACUUUCGUAUCCUGUUUCGUCUUUGCACGAGGUUCCCGAUAGAGUAUCACCAGGGCUGGCGAGUGGAGCUGGUACCAAUGGAGGACCAGCUCCUCAUCACCCUCAUGAAGUUGCGGUGCAACUUCAGUCUGACUGACCUCGGCUUACGUUUCGGCACUUCGCACACCACUAUAUCUAAUAUCUUCCAUACAUGGCUUUCUGUCCUUCAUACUGUACUCUAUCAAGGCAUGCUCCCGUCGCAACUUCCGUCCGUCACGAAAAACAAGACUUCUCUACCCGUCUGCUUCUCUACGUUCUCCAGUUGUCGUUUAAUACUUGAUUGUACUGAAGUCGAAAUUGCAAUUCCAAGCCGUAUGGACACUCAGACGUGGACCUAUUCCCACUACAAACAUAAAAAUACAUUCAAAGGUCUUGUGGGUGUCGCACCGAACGGUGUUGUCAAUUAUGUCAGUCCUCUGUACCCAGGUUCAACCAGCGACAAAGAAGUCGUUCGCCACUGUGGAGUGCUGUCAAAGUUGACAGCCGGUGACAUGGUACUCGCCGAUAAAGGAUUCCUGAUCCAUGACUUGAUGCCGGCUGGUGUUUCUCUAAAUCUUCCUCCUUUUCUCACUACUCCUCAGUUUACCGCUGCUCAAGCAAAUGUAACUGCCCGCAUCGCAAGAGCUCGGAUCCAUGUGGAGCGAGCCAUACAACGCAUAAAGAUCUUCACCAUUCUCGACUACAUACCCUACCAAUACCGUUCUUUCUCCAGCGAAAUCUUCCAAGUCUGUGCAAUGCUAACUAAUCUUUGUAAUCCUCUCCUGAAGGAGAUUGAAGCUGGUGACCUCAGCGCUGAUCCUGCAUCAGAAACUUCUGAGCACACCGAUAUCUCUACUCUCACACCACUGCAAACCCCUGCUGCUACGCCAUCACAGAAACUGCCCAUCACACCCGACAUGGUGAAUCAGUUAUUCGCAGUCCUGUCAGCUGCAGACCCGUUAGCCGCAGCACCAGCACCGUCAGCCAAAGUACAGUCAGCAUCAGCCACAGUACAGUCAGCAUCAGCCGCAGCACCGUCAGCCACAGUACCGUCAGCAUCUGCCGCAGCAGCAGCACCGUCAGCAUCAGCCAUCACACCCGACAUGGUGAAUCAGUUAUUCGCAGUCCUGUCAGCUGCAGACCCGUUAGCCACAGCAGCAGCACCGUCAGCAUCUGCCGCAGCAGCAGUACCGUCAGCAUCAGGUGCAACAGCAGCACCGUCAGCCGCAGCAGCAGCACGGUCAGCAUCUGCUGCAGCACCAUCAGCCGCAGCAGCAGCACUCGCAGCAUCUGCCGCAGUACCGUCAGCCGCAGCAGCAGCACCCUCAGCAUCUGCCGCAGCACCGUCAGCCGCAGCAGCAGCACCCUCAGCAUCUGCCGCAGCACCGUCAGCAUCUGCUGCAGCCGCAGUUUCACGGGUCUCCCUGGAUACAUUGCAUUAUUUGCCACAUGACAUGUGCCAGUCUCGAAUGGAUGGGCGGCAAUGGAGCAAUGCCUGCACCAUCAUUGCAUGUCUACAGGCCUGGAAGUACCUGACUGUGCCCUACCCCAUACAGCCAUUGUCAUCUGCCGAAGUCACGAAGAGAUUUGUAAACAGCAUGAGAGAGGGCAAUCGACUGUAUGAUGAUGCCAAGUUGGGGAACAAUCUCCUUGCCAUUUAUGAUGCGCUUGAUGUCAUACCAGGCAAGCCACUUCGGGUGGCACCUCGUUCCGAUUUUGGUGCACGAAAUGAGGAAGGUUUAUCAAAGUUGUUAGAGAAGUGUAAGGAUCAGGCUAUUCUUUCCCAAUCUGUUCUUCCUGCCUCUUUAAUUCAAAAUCCCUACACCAUUCUUCUGGUAUUUUUCCCAUCUGGUUAUGCUCAAGUCUUCGACAGCCAUGCCCAUGGCGAGCGUGGUGCCCUAAUCGCUAUUCUCCCAGUUGACAUGAAAGUUGCAGCGAAUUUUCUUUCCACGCUUGUUGGGCACAUAAAAGAUAGCCAUCUCUGUAUAUUGGCACGAAAACAGUAGUUUAUCCUUUUGGUGCGUUUUGCCAAAAUUAUCUUGACCCACUGAUUGUGACGAGAAAUGUAGUUCUGGAAACUAUAAACAUUUCAGCCAUGUGUUAUGGCGAUCGCAUGCGUUCCCCCGAUACACAUCGCAUACAUACUCAUUCUUCCAAGUUGCUUCACGUUAUGAUCUUGCAUUUGAAAGCCCUAUUUGAAUAUUGUGGCCAGCUGUC